GUGGAGGGGAGAGAGAGAGGGAGAGGGCGCGCGUGAGAGAGAGCUAGACGGGGCGCGAGGCAGAGAGAGGCGCGCGCGGACGGGCACGGCAGGCUGCCUCUCAGACUUCUCAUCUCCAUCCAGUCAGAGUGAACUGCGGGGGCAGACCGAGCGGAUCUCUGCACUCCUCGACAGCGGAAAGAAACCCAGAAUAAGAUUUUUUUUUUUCUCUCGCCGAGCUUUUCCCUCCCCGCUUCGGUUGGUUUUCGCCUACUCUGCUUUGGGACUCGACCAGCGGAACUUUUCGGCCCUCUGGAGUUUCAAACAGUGUCGUUUUUAUUUUUAUAUUUUUUUUGGAAAAGGGACAGUCGGCGACCUGCUGCGGGGAGCGAUGUUCACUGAGCUGGACUAAAACUGCAGGAACUUUAAAAGCUCCAUUCACUGGAUGUUUGAUGAAGCUCUUCUCGGUUUUAGUCAGUUCUGGGACGCCGUGGAUUUACCAGGUCGGGGAACGGAUUGAUACUUGCGACUCCCGUUCAGCGAGAAGGAUUAACGCUUCCAAAGUUGGAAGAAAAACAUGGAGACUGUAAGUCGGCAGAGCUUCCAGCCUCACCCGGGACUGCAACAAACUCUGAAGCAGUUUCACCUCAGCGCCAUAAACUCCCUGGGCGGACCGGCGGCUUUCUCGGCCCGGUGGCAGCAUGAGCUCCUCUUCAAGAAGGACGGGAAAGAGCCCGAGCCGGUCCUGCAGCAUCUGCCGCCGCCCGUGAUGCCGGGCCCGCUGUUCAUCCCGUCCGACCGCUCCACGGAGAGGUGCGAGACGGUGCUGGAGGGGGAGACCAUCUCGUGCUUCGUGGUCGGCGGGGAGAAACGCCUGUGCUUGCCGCAGAUCCUCAACACGGUGCUCCGGGACUUCUCCCUGCAGCAGAUCAACUCGGUGUGCGACGAGCUGCACAUCUACUGCUCCCGCUGCACGGCGGACCAGCUGGAGAUCCUCAAAGUCAUGGGCAUCCUGCCCUUCUCCGCGCCGUCCUGCGGUCUCAUCACAAAGACGGACGCCGAGCGGCUCUGCAACGCCCUGAUCUAUGGAGGAGCAUACCCGCCGCGAUGCAAGAAGGACCCGGGCUCUGGCUCCCUGGAGCUGCAGCUCACCGAUCGGAGCUUCAAGAUCUACCACGAGUGUUUCGGCAAGUGCCAGGGCUUGUUCGUACCGGAGCUGUACAGCAGCCCCAACGCAGCGUGCAUCCAGUGCAUGGACUGCAGACUCAUGUAUCCGACCCACAAGUUCGUGGUGCACAGCCACAAGGCGCAGGAGAACAGGACUUGCCACUGGGGCUUCGACUCGGCCAACUGGAGGGCGUACAUCCUCCUGGGUCAGGAUUACACGGGCAAAGAGGAGAAGGCGCGCCUGGAGCUGCUGCUGGACGAGAUCAAGGAGAAAUUUGACUUCGCCAACAAGUACAAGAGGAAAGCAUCAUCCAGGGCAUCUGAUGGCAUCCCUGUGAAAAAGUCCAAACUGGAAGACGUCCCAUCACAGUCUCCGCUUGGUGACAAAGAGAAGCAGCAUGACUGGCUGCAGUCCCUGUCUGCCUCAAACAAGGGGUUCAACUGCCUGCAGUCCAGGCAGAGACCUUCAGCUUUCAGACCAUGGUCUCCUCACAUCUCUGCUGGGGAGAAGGAGCCGCCCCCCCACCCUCUGGCUCUGCUGAGAGACAGCUUCUACAACUACAAGAGCCUCGAGAAUGCUGUGGCCCCCAACGUGGCCCUCACGCCACUCCCUCUGGGGAAGGCGGGGCCCACAUCCCCGUCUGCCGCCAACACGUCCCAGCCUUCAGAUGAGGGUGCCAGCCACAGCUCCAGACCUCGUAAGAGAAGAGCUACGGAGGAGCUGCCAGCUCCGGCUCCAGAGGGCCCCUUCCCCCCGCCUGCUGCCGUCUGCCGGCCCCCGCCGCAGGAUGACAAGGACUCUGAGGUGGAGGUGGAGGUGGAGAGCCGUGACGACUUCACGUCCUCCAUGUCCUCCCUGUCCUCGCCGUCCUUCACCUCAUCCAGCAGCUCAGCCAAGGACCUGAGCUCACCGGGGGCCCAAGGGCCAGUCUGCACCGUCACGUCGGCAGAAUGCUCCGCCCCAGCCGCCGCAGCCCCCGCUGUGACCGUGGCACCUUCGGAGCUGGGGCUGGAGUCAGAGCUGGAGAGCCUCAGGCAGGCGCUGGACGGCGGGCUGGACUCCAAGGAGUCAAAGGAGAAAUUCCUGCAUGAGAUUGUGAAGAUGAGAGUGAAGCAGGAGGAGAAGCUGGGCUCAGCCCUGCAGGCCAAGCGGAGCCUCCAGCAGGAGUUGGAAUUCCUGCGGGUGGCGAAGAAGGAGAAGCUCCGAGAGGCGACCGAGGCCAAGCGCAGCCUGAGGAAGGAAAUUGAGCGUCUGCGAGCCGAGAGCGAGAAGAAGAUGAAGGAGGCGAACGAGUCGCGGAUCCGACUGAAGAGGGAGCUGGAGCAGGCGCGGCAGCUGAGGGUCUGCGAUAAAGGCUGCGAGGCCGGCCGUCUCCGCGCCAAAUACUCCGCACAGAUCGAGGACCUCCAGAUGAAGCUGCAGCAUGCCGAGGCCGACCGCGAGCAGCUCAGAGCCGACCUGCUGCAGGAGCGGGAGGCCAGGGAGCACCUGGAGAGGGUGGUAAAGGAGCUCCAACAGCAGCUCUGGCCCAAACCUGGCUACAAAGAAGCGCCCCCUAACAAGUAACCCCGAGAAAAGCCUCGGCACUCAAUCAUUCCCCCUCAUUGCUCUCAUCCCAUUCAACACAGCCUGCUGCUCCAGUAGCUCUGGGCCGACCCACGGCACCACCGUCACCGACACCUGAACCCAAAUCGUCCAGAAGACAGAGAAAAAGUUCCCAUCAGAGGAAACACGCAGGUGUUUUCUGAUCCAGACCCAUGAAGAGUGAAGGGAGAGCAGAAGCAGCCAGGGGACACGCGUUUCUAAAUCCAGCACCGACUGACUCACCGUUCACACUCAGACCUGCAAACAGACGAGGACACGGAGUUCACCGAGCGCAGCCGCGCCCACCAGGAAGCGAAACGAGACUCUCACCCCGCACUAACAAACUGCUGGAAGGCCGCCAUUACAUCACUGCUGCAGCGAGGGGCCGCAGCCCAGAGGGCCGGGCCGGGCCCCCCCAAGUAAAAGGCUUCCAGCGUCGGCUCACGGCUGGAAGCAGGCAGAGGCUUUCCAAGACAUUAUAAGCUAUCUACAGACUACAUAGCGAUAUGUACAGGAAAACAAAAAUGCUUUUGUCAGUGCUGGUGGAGUGGAAGCAGAGACAGUUCAAAUGAAUACGAUGGACAAUAAAUAUAAAAGAUGCAAACUCCACCACGGCGUGGUUGUUCAGGAGGUUUCCUGUCAUUCAGCUACGGAUCCAUUAAGGCACAGUUAAAGGCACCUUCUCUGUUUUCACUGAGCACUUAUUGGACAGUCUCACACACAUCCACGCUGGUUGCCAUAGUUUUACUUUGAUUUUUUAGCUUUUUUUUUUUUUUUUUCCCUCCAGUGUGAGCGUGGCCUUGUGUUCUCGUAACGUUUGAAUGACAGUCGGCGUGUUUUUUUUUUUUUUUUUUUUUUUUUUUUUUUUUUUCCUCCAGACCGGCUUCGUCAUCCGGUAGCCGGUCAGUGGGCUCUCAUCAACUACCACAAAAAUGUCUGAUUGUCAAGUUAAGGCAUGUAAAUAAAAAAAAAAAAGGUUCUUUUUGUUUCGUAUUUUACAGUAAUGAAUCGCACUUUUGGCAAAACUUUAAAAAAUAAAAUAAAAAAAAAAUCCAGUUUAAACGCGUUUUACUGCCAAGUUGUCAUCCAGUGGCCACAGGGUCAAAGCGAACGUUUUGUGAGCAAGAGCUGCCGCGGUUUCCAGCAGCCGAUUGUAAAUAGACGGGAAAAUGUUCAGCAGGCAGGACUUUUCAGGACGUUUGGAGCAGCUCAGAUCUCUGCGGGCUGGACUGUUACAGCAGCACGAACAAACAAACAAACAAACAAACAAACAAACAAACAAACAAACAGUCAACUCCUGGAUGUCGUUUUUGUACGUGGAGAUACUUUUACUGCUUGUCUGUUGUGUUCACAAUUAGUUUUCGGUAGGAAUCUCAUCUUCUUUAUGCAUGAGAAACGAAAAAGGUUUGCCAUUCAUGUAGUCACUUAUUGGGCAUUGAUACUGUACAUGUAAGGGUUUUUAUUGUGUUAUGCAACAUAAAGCAACUUGUCUUAUUUAGCAGGAAAAGCAUUGGUGUUAAAUAAAAGCCAAAUGCCCUUUUUAGAUCAACUUACAUUUACAAAAAAAAAAAAAAAAAAAAAUACAAAAAUUUAAAGAGGAAAACAAACAAACAAAAAAAAAAAAGAGUGCAAUGCCGGACAACCUCAAGUGCCUGAGAGAUGGGCGAAAGGUUUCCAGAGUCAGAAACCUGACAGUGGCGCUGCCGUCUAGUUCCCAUCAGCAGGUUUCGAAGUGAAGAGGCCCUUCUGUGCUCUGCAGCGCUUUAAUCAGUGUUUCCUUGAAUCAGCAGUUUACAGAACUCUACGCAGCGCAGGAAGCGCUCUCAACAAAUGCUUCAAAUGUUUCUGUUGGAAUUUUUUUGUGUGUUUUUUUUUUUUUUCUGACGUCUGAACCAGUGAUAUGCAUGCUCUCAGAGGAGAUUUUAUAAACGAUCCUGUAAAAAGCAAACAAACAAAAAAAAAAACUUGGUAAAUUGUUACUAUAGAUUGUACAUAAGGACUUUUGCUGAUGCAAGUGUUGGAACGGGCCUUUUCUGAUCCAGCAUUACAGAUGUUCCCUGAUGUUGCCUCCCUCCAGCAGACCUGUGUUGGUACAUUUUUCUAGUAGUUUUUACUCCUCAGAGCUCAUACCCUCUAUGUUCUGGUUUUCUACGGCGGAGGGAAGCGCUAACAUUGGCCUGUUUGCUCUCCCGUGCAAAAGCAAAGGAAAAAAAAAAAAUAAAGCGAUUUAAUGAUGUCUUGUUUUCUAAAAGAGAAUCAUUUUUUUCUAAGCGACGGGCAGCAAAGCAGCAAUAACAGUCCGUAUUAAUAGGCCAAAUACUAGUCAGUGUGAAGAUUUCAAUACAAAUUUACACGUGUAAAUAUGUUUUUCGUUUACGAUACUGUAUUAUAAAUGUACAUGGUGUUUCCACAUCGUUUCUUACAGCAGCUGUUUGUUUUUCCUUUUUCUUUUUUUUUUUUUAAGUUUGUGUUUUAAUGAAAAUGUUUCAGGAACAGAGAAUAUUCCCAUCAUGAACAUUUCAUCCUGUUUUCUUUAUUUUUUCUUUUUCAUACUAAAUAGUUUUUUUACUGAAUUAUCUUUUUUCACUUCAUAUAGGUUUUCAGCAAAUCUUCAGCAUCGUAUAGCCGGCCCACAUGACUUCCUCUCCCCUCGCCCUCAUGUAUUACUUUUCAGCCCUGUGCUGCUGCUGAUACUAUAUACAGUUCUAGAAAUAUUUUUAUGUAAGAGGCAAGCUUUGUCAUGUAUUAAUGCCACAUAUAUAAUAUGAAAAGAAGCUUGGCUUAUUCAUCUACGUCCGUUUUUUCCCCCGUGUUUUGACACCUUUCCCCUUCCCUUCUCUUAACGACUCGGACUAUAUUGUAAAGGACUUUAUGAGAUUAUGUUUGAAAAUAGCCAUGCUUAUAUACUACAGUGACUGAAUGUACAGUGUAUAGAUGCAUUACCAGAAAUAAAGAUGUUUGUCCAGAUUGAA